AUGAAUCCAAAAUAUGCGGUACUGCAUUUGAUUGCAGUGUUUUCUGGAAUUAGUUUUUGUUUCUCUGAAAUACAGGAUGAUGGCGUUUGUGACAACAACGGAACCGUUCCGACAUGCUGCACGGACUAUACAUACGAUGAUGAUAUGAAGCAAUGUAAAAUCUGUGUCGGACGAUUUGGUACCGAUUGCAACCAAACCUGUCCUACUGGACACUAUGGGAGGAAAUGUAUCAAAAAAUGUGCUUGCGAUAGCAACCUGUGUGACGUAGUUUUAGGAUGUCCAACAACUACAACAGGUAAAGAGCUAGAAAGAGGGAAUUUGGGAUUGUUUGUACAUCUUACAUUGUCUUUAUCAGCAUUCAUCAUUGUUGGUUUGGUUGUCGUACUUUUAAGAAUGGCCUACAGAUUGAAUAGAGGAGCGAGGACAAAUCACGAUGCCAUACAAAAUAGAAGCGAUAUAACAAAUGUUGGAAACAUGACAACAGCAGCAUACACUAGUGUACUGUGUCCAAACAGAUCACCUGUACAAGGUGUAAAACAAAACGAUCAAAUGUAUGGAGAUAUCGUAAUACCGUAA